AACAAUAUCACGACCGCAUUGGCUAGUGGCCACUCUAAUGGCGAUGCUCAUGAGCAGACGGCUCUGCAUGAGAAAGAAUAUAAUAUCCUGAUCGGGACACCUAGACGCAUCGCUUCUUAAUGAUAGCUGGUCUGAAGAGCUUUAUCAUAUCUUGGCUAGUGGUAGGCGAUAUUGGAUUCAGCCUUUUCACUGCAACGUUCCCCAAGGCCGCCUGCGACCUUGCCAAGAACUAUCUCGCUGCUUCUCAUGUCCGAUUCUACGUUAGCUAUGCAGGAUGCACUACAGCCAAUCUCAAGCAGAUUGUUCUCCAGACAGAAGCCCAAAAGAAAAUAGAGCAAAUAGUCAAGCUACUCGAGGAGAUGCACGGGAUUCGCACCAUCGUCUUCGUCACCAGUUAUCUGCCGAAGGGCAACCGGCAACCAGCCAAUAGUGACCAGCGACUGCGGCUGGCGACUGCAAUCAGCCAACGGCUAACGGCAACUGCAAUAAUUGCGAUGGCGAUGGCGAUAGGCAAAAAGAGCUACUGGUCACGCUGCUCAAGGAGAUGCAUGGUAUUCGUACCAUCAUCUUCGUCAACAGUUGUCAGGCUGCUGACAACUUGGAUGACUUCCUUUUCAAUAUGCAUUUACCAGUCACCUCCAUGCACAGCGAGCGUACCCAGCGAGCGUACCCAGCAGUCACAAGCCCAAGCCAACCGCCAACCUGAGACUGCGACUGCGACUGCGACUGCGACUGAGACUGCGACUGCGACUGCGACUGCGACUGCGACUGCGACUGCGACUGCGACUGCGACUGCGACUGCGACUGCGACUGCGACUGCGACUGCGACUGCGACUGCGACUGCGACUGCGACUGCGACUGCGACUGCGACUGCGACUGCGCGAGCGCGGAAGACGUCUUAGUCUAUGACUACUAAGAAAGGAGAACAAUGUGACCCUGAGACUAUCGCACCUCCCACUGAUUGAUGCUGGAAAAGCUAGUAUAAUUCGGACCA